AUGACAAAGAGAAAGAAAUCUCUUACUGGUAGAGAAAAACGUGACAGAGAUAGAGUUAGAAAGAGGCAGGAGAGAGAGAAACCUGCAACUCAAGAUGCGUCACCAGAUGAGAAAGUGACAGAGUCUUCUGUUCCUUGCGGGACAGAGGAUGGAGCUAUGUCAGCUCCUCCCGGUAAUUUUCCGGGGAUUGGUUCGAUGGGGUUUCCACCUAAAGAGGAAAAACCCCUGGCCAGGGUGCAGGCCUCACCUCGAGUGAAAAUGCAUUCACCUGCCCCGAGGUUGUCACCUCCUCGGGGAAGUCGUCUGUUUGUCCAUGACGAGGGCAAGGCACCGUCCACUGACUCCCCACCGUGGGUUUGUGCUCCACCGAGGGCACCUGGAUCGGACAUAGUGCAUAUGUCUGAUCCAGCAGGACAGGCGCAGCUGGAUACCUCCAGGAUGGAGGAGACCAGUAGAAUAUCAAAAGAUGAGGGCACUUUAACGAAUUCUAAACUGGAAACUGAACGAAUAUCAAACGGAAACUUGUACGAAAAACCUGAUAUAUUAGAAAGUAUAAACAGAGAGAGAAAUAUGUUGGAGACUGUAGAAAGUAUGUUGGAUUUCAGAGAUGAUACAGAGAUUAUAGAAAAUGAGUUGAAAAAUGAAGGAAAGAAAGAUAUGAAAUUAACAAAUGAAAGAAUUUUUCACAGGAAAAAGGGUCAAAACAUAGGAGAUUUGAACAUACAAGGUGAUCAGAAAGAAAGUACUAGUAUGCAGGAUUGUCCUGGUGAGGAGAAUACAAAUUUAGAAGCAAGAAAUUCAUACAGUGUAUCUGUCCAGGGCUCUUUCCAUCAAGCUGAUCCUAUGUUUGGUGACAAUGCAGGGACUCAAUGUGUGGCAAAUUGUCUAUCAGCUAUAGCUUAUCAUGUUCUGAAAAGUGCAAAAAUCUGGCAAACAGCUGAUGUCAACAAAGUUUUAGUGAAUGGGGAUGAACUAUACACAUACCUACAGAACAGUUCUUCUGUUACAAGUAGAUAUUUGUUAGUUGAAGAGUUGCCGCAGUAUUUUGAAUGCUUCAGUAAAACAUUUGAAUUCACAGUGAAGGUAUCAGUACCAAGUUUAAUCAGCUUAUCAGAGGAGGAACCAUGUUAUGAAGAUUUUAAUGCUUAUCCCCUUUUUGAAGCUCUGCAAAUGGCACUUCAUGAAACAGUCGGAUGUUUUGUAUGUUUUGGGGGAAAUACUUUGGUAGUUGGAAAGACAACUGAUGGAUUUUUCAUAUUUGAUUCCCAUUCAAGAUGUUCUCGUGGAUAUCUUAGUGUGCACGGAAAGAGUACAAGAAUUCUAUUACAAGAUGUUCAUGGUGUUUAUUUGCAUUUAAAGUCAUUAGCAAUUUCAAUGGGUUUUUCAAGAACUGUGGAAUGUGAACUAACUGGGGUAAUAUGUUCCCUAAAGAAUUUUGCUAUGGCUGAAGUGUUUGACCAGGAAGAAGCUGAGAGAGACUUUGGAGCAGAGAAGGGUUCAAAUCAGGAUGUAUUAUCAACAGCACAGCCAGAGAUGUUACAGACAGAUGAAGUGGUUUUUGAGGGCGAGGAAAGCAAACUUCAUGAUUUUAUUCCUUUAUCUGUACAGAAUCAGAAGGAUUUGUGCAGGAAAUUAGGGUUUUCCUAUUUCGAUUCAGGAAGUAACCACAAUUUAGUAUCUGUGAGAGAUAUGGGUGUGCCUAGGAGCUGUAAAGAUAUUGAAAGAGAUGGAAAUUGCUUUUUCAGGGCUAUAUCAUUUUCUUUGACAAACUCUGAAAACCAUCACAAACAAAUCCGUGAAAUUGUUUGUCAACACUUGCUUAAAAAUGAAACAACAUUUCAACAGUUCAUGAGAUCAGAAGGAUCUAUAAGGUCAUACUUGCUUUCAAGUAAAAUGACACAUGAAGGUGUAUGGGCAACAGAAUUGGAGAUUCUUGCAGUGGCGCAUAUGCUAAAUGUUGACAUAUUUACUUACUCAGAUAUGAGGUGGCUUCAGUUCAGUGGGCAUGGGCUGUGUGCUGAAUCAGUUAAUCUGAAAGAAGCAAUAUACUUAUACCACAGAGAACAGAAUCAUUAUGAUGUUGUUUUGCAAGUGACAUCAAGGUUGGCAGAAAUUGACUAUUUUCCCAUGAAAAAUCCUAGUCGAAGAGAAUACAGCGUUCGCAAAGAAAACCGAAUGCGUAUGCGUAGGUGCAAUGCUUCAAAACUUAAAGUAGCAGUGGACUCGAAUGAAAAUCGCAAGACUGCACUAAAGAAAAAAUACAUGGAAAAUGAGGGGUUCAGGGAAAAGAUGUUGAAGCAUAAAAGGACCAUGUAUACAAACAAUGACUUUAAGUUGAAAGCACAAAUGAGCAACAGACAUCGUUAUCGUAAGAAUAUUGCUUACCAGUUAAAAUAUGCCUUGAAUGCUGAACACAGAAAAAAGGUGCUAAAAAGAAGUAAAGAAAAGUAUGAAACAGAUCUGAAUCAUAAAGAGAAAAAGAAGAGACAAAGUGUUGGAAAAUAUCACUUGGAUGAUAAGCACAGAGAAUGCGCCAAGAGAAGAAGUAAAGAGAAAUACUGGACAGACUUGGAGCAUCAGAAAAAUGUGAAGAAAGCAAGUACUGAAAAGUACAAGACUGACUUUGUGCAUAAGGCUAAAUUGCAACGAACAAUGUUGGAUAAAUACAAAACAGAUGAGUUUUACCAAAAAAAGAACAAAGCUGCUAAUGUCUCUAGGUAUCGGAGGAAUGAAGCUUUUAGAGCUGAAAAGAAAGAACAAGCUAGAAGAAGAUAUCAAUUAAAUGCUGAAGUUCAAUUAAAUACGAAGAAUCGUAGCAAGGCUAGUUACAAGUCAUCCUUCAAUGUUCAAGAGAGAAAAAAGAAAAAAGUACAACAGAAUAGGGUUAUAAAUAAAAACAACAUGAAACAGGCAGAGGAAGUUGUGAGAUCAUUUAAAGAAAAUGCAUCAAAGGGUCCAGAUUAUGCUUGUACUUGUUGUCACAGACUGUUGUUCAAAAACCAAGUACAAGUUUGUGAACAUCAAAUGUACGAAAAAAAUGAAGCAGCAAGAACUAUCUCACAUAUUUGUUUGCUAGACAAGUAUUUGCAUGAGUGUUCUCAAUCAUGUCCAGAAACAUGCACUAAAUCAUCAUCAUGGAUUUGUUACACUUGCCAUAGGAAAAUAUUAAGUGGCAAACCACCACCAGAGGCUGCUACAAAUAAUAUGACUUUAGAGGACAUUCCACCUGAAUUGGCCAUCUUAAAUAGUUUGGAACAGCACCUCAUUGCACUCCAUAUUCCUUUUAUGAAAAUCAUGGCCCUCCCACAUGGUGGACAAAGGAAUGUACAUGGCCCUGUUGUUUGUGUACCUUCAGACAUGACAAAAACUACAGGUUUACCAAAACAAGAGGAUGACAACUUGUUGUUGCGGGUGAAAUUGAAGAGAAAGUUGGCAUACAAAGGUUAUUUUGAAUAUCAGUUUGUUAAUACAAACCAUGUAAUGUCAGCCUUGUCAUUCUUAAAAGAGAACAAUCAGUGGUAUAAAAAUGUCAAAAUUGAAUCCAUUCAGAAAGAGGACAUGGAAAAUCCAGGGCAAAUGAAAGAUGGUGAAGAAGAAAAUGAAGAAAGUAAUGAAAACGAAGAUCAAAUGAUUGCAUUUGACACUUGUUUACAACCCGUGGAUGUUGCACAAGAAGUUUUGGACCAUUAUUUUGAUGAUGUGUACAACAUUGCACCAGGUGAAGGGAAGAAUCCCGUGCGAAUGCUACAAGAGCCUGGGAACGAGGCGAAAGCAUUUCCCUAUCAUUUCCCAAGCGGAAGAUUUUCUUGGAGUGAAGAAAGAUCGCAAAAAUUAACACUAUCUAGAUAUUUUAACAAUAGGUUAAUGAAUGCAGAUAAUAGGUUUGCAAAAGACACAAAUUACAUUUUCUUUAGCCAGUAUAUGUCUGAACUCAACCAAGUCAUUGAAAAAACUCAGAUUUCACUCAGAAAAUCUUUGUCAAAAUGUACUAGUGGGAAACCAGUGACAGCAAAUAUGCUUCAAGAUCCCACUACGCUCUCUAGUUUGUUGAGGAACGAUGAGGCAAUAAGGUUCAUGCAACCGAUCAGAGGAACACCUGCAUAUUGGGCAACUGCUCAGAAAGAUCUAUUUGCAAUGUUGCGGCAAUUAGGAAUCCCUACCUGGUUUUGUUCGUUUAGUGCAGCCGAAUAUAGAUGGAAUGAUGCAGUAAGGGCUAUAUUAAGGCAGCAGAGUGAUGACAGGGAUCCAAAUGAAAUGGAUUGGUCAGAAAAGAAUGAAGUUUUAAGAUGCAAUCCUGUCACAGUUGCUCGAAUGUUCGAACAUAGAUUUCAGAUAUUUCAUAAAGAGGUCAUUCUUUCACCUUGUGAACCAAUCGGAAAAGUGGUAGACUUUUUCCAAAGAGUCGAGUUCCAGCAAAGAGGAUCCCCACAUAUGCAUUGUUUAUACUGGGUUGCAAAUGCACCUAACAUUGACACUGAUGGAGAGGAGGUUGUUUGUAACUUUGUUGACAGAUAUGUAACAUGUGGGAUACCCUCGGAAAUUGAUGACGCAGAGCUGAGAAAAAGUGUCCUGGAUGUUCAACAGCAUAGCAAGAAUCAUUCAAAAUCUUGCAAGAAGAAAGGCACGAACUGUAGGUUCAAUUUCCCAAGGCCUCCAUCCCAAAGGACAUUCAUAACAAUUUCCUCAGAGGAAGAGAACAUAGAUAAGUCUGAAUCAGAGGCUAGAGAAAAGAAAGUAAAUAAAGCAUAUGCAGAGGAAAUUUUACUUAGUGUAUGGGAUAAAAUACAAAAUGACGGUGAAGGAAAGACAUCAAAAGAAAUAUUUGAUGACCUUGCACUAACUCAGGAACUAUACGAAGAAGCUUAUAACAUGUUAUCAACAAGGAGGUCAAUUGUUCUCCAACGUAACCCAAAUGAGGUCUGGACGAAUCAAUAUAGCCAGUGUCUUUUGAAAUGUUGGGAUGCUAACAUGGAUAUCCAGUUUGUCUUGGAUCCAUUCAGUUGCAUUGUAUAUAUCGUUUCCUACAUAUCAAAAUCAGAAAGGGAGAUGGGUAUGUUACUAAAACAAACAAAGUUAGAGGCAGAGGAGGGAAAUCUCAAUGCUCGACAGACAAUGAAGAAAAUUGGAUCUGCAUACUUGCAUCACAGAGAGGUGAGUGCCCAGGAAGCUGUAUACAGGGUGUGUAAUCUAAGAAUGAAAGAAUGUUCGAGAAAAGUUGUUUUUAUUCCUGUUGGUGACAACCCAUUACGCCUAAGCAAACCACUCUCUUUGAUAAAAAAGAAAUCAAAUGAUGAAGAAAUAAUUGAUGAUGAUGAGGCUGAUGAUGAAAAUGAUAUCUGGAUGACAAACAUAAUUGAGCGUUACGAGAACCGUCCUGAUAAACCAAUGUUCCAUGACAUGUGUCUCGCAAACUUCUGCUCUGAAUUCAGAGUACUCGCUAGAUCUCAAGUUCCAAAGAAAGAAAAUGAGAAUGUAUUUGAAUUGCAGAAUGGGAAGGGAUAUGUGCAACGAAGAACAAGGACACAACAUGCUGUUGUAAGGUAUCCAAGAUUCAAUGUUGAAAAGAUGUCGGAAAAAUAUCAUCGAUCUGUAUUGCAACUCUUUCUUCCCUACCGGACAGAGAAACAAUUGAAGCCUCCAGGAUUUGAAUUAUAUGAGGACUUUUAUGAAACUGGUCAUGUGAAAAUUAAAGGGGCGAGACAACUGCAACCAGUGAAGGCAAUUGUAGAUUUGAAUCGGUCCCAUUAUGCACAAAAUGAACAGGCUUUGGACAUUGCCCAAGAAGCAUAUGAAAUGGAUGGUGAACCAGAGGAUGCGUGGUCACGCAUAUGUCCAGAAACAGAAGUACUAAGGAGAGAAGGUAUAGCACAGAGGAAAGAAAACUCAGUGCAACAAGAGAAUGAUAGGGAAGCUAUACCAGACAUUGAAAGUGAGAUGAAUAAUGCAGAUGUGCUGUAUCAUGUUCACCAAAAUGUUAUUUCAAGAGAUGAAAUGUUGCCAGUUCUCCAAACUUUAAAUGAACAACAGAGUGAAGUAUUUUAUUUGCUUCGAGAGUGGUGUUUAGCAAAGAUAAAUGGUGAAAAAUGUGAACCCUUGCACUUAUUUGUGACUGGUGGUGCAGGCACUGGUAAAAGUCAUCUCAUAAAAGCAAUUCAUUAUGAAGCAUCACGUUUGCUUUCUAGAAUGAAUUCUGAACCAGAAAAGGUAACUGUACUCCUUUCGGCAUUCACGGGAACAGCAGCCUUCAACAUUGGUGGAAAUACGCUUCAUCAUUUAUUUUCACUUACAAAAUAUAUGCCAUUGCCAUAUGAGCCCUUGAGAGAACAAAGUCUUAGUGAAAUGAGAGUAAAGAUAGGUGACAUACAGAUUCUUAUCAUUGACGAAGUAUCAAUGGUAUACAAAAAACUUUUGUAUUAUGUACAUGAACGGCUAGUGCAAAUUAAAAAAUGCAAAGAUCCAUUCGGAGGUGUUUGUGUAAUCGCUGUUGGGGAUUUCUAUCAGCUCCCUCCUGUUAAGCAACGGAAAAAUGAGAGACUCUAUAAAGAGAAUUUGACUUAUCCUGUGGAUUACUGGUUCGACUUUUUUAAAGUCAUCGAAUUAAACGAGAUAAUGAGGCAAAAGGAAGAUAAGUCAUUUGCUGAGUUGCUAAAUUCUCUUCGUGUAAGACAGACAAAUGAGCCAUUAACAGAGGAACAAAAUCUGAUGUUAGAACGCUGUAUCAGAGAAGGACCAGAGGAUGUUCUUCAUGUGUUUUGCACGAACGAAGAAGUAAACACAUUCAAUUUGACAAUGUUAAGAAACACAUGUGAAGAUUUAUUAGAAAUCGAUGCUGAAGAUUAUAAGAAAGACAAAACAUCUGGAAAACUGAUUCAGAGGAGCAAACCCUUCAUAAAAUCAAACAGUGAUGGCCUUCCUAACUCCUUACUAUUGUCCAUCGAUGCAAGAGUAAUGCUCACAAGAAAUUGUAACGUGGAAGACGGACUUGUGAAUGGAGUAAUGGGUUAUGUUUCUCAAUUCCUAUACAAAGAAAACAGUGCAACGUGUCUUAAAGCUGUAGGGGUGCUUUUUGAUAAUAAGGAAGUUGGAAGAAAGUUAGGACAGAAAACAAAAGAUGGAAACAUGGUGUUAAUAGAAAGAAUCCAGGAAGAAAUGAAGGAGAAAACAGUUUCUGUUGUUAGACAUCAAUUUCCUCUUCGGCUAUCAUGGGCAUGUACUGCUCAUAAGGUGCAAGGAAUGACUACAGACAGAAUUGUUGUGAAUUUAGACAGAACUUUUGCUCCUGGACAAGCUUAUGUUGCAUUGUCAAGAGUUACAUCAGAAGGUGGCUUAUUUAUUGAAACAGAAGAUGCAGCAAAAUUAAAGAAAAAAAUUUAUGCUGAUCCAGAAGUAAAGGCAGCCAUAACUGAAAUGCCGAAAUUCAUUUUUGACGACCUUUUACAAGCCUUGAAAUCCAGCGGGAUUAAAGUAGUUCUACAGAACAUUCAGAGCUUAGGCAGACAUUUCGGAGAUUUGAAAAAUGAUGAGAGGUUCAAAAAUGUUGAUAUCAUCUGCCUGACAGAAACAUGGUUAAGGGCUGGGGUGAACACAGAAAAUUUUCUGCUAGAUGGAUUUCAGUUUUAUCACCUUCCUAGACAAGAGGCAUACGAUGACAAUACUGUCUUAACACAGCAAUUGCGUCAUUCAAAAGGUGGUGGAGUUGGAUUGUAUUUUAGAGAUAACAGUGAUACGUUUGACAUUCUUCCACUACCAAAGAUGAAUAUUGAAGCUUUGGCUUUAAAAUUACCACAGGAAGAAAUUGUGAUUGUGAUUGUAUAUCGUCCAUGCAAGGCCGACAUGACAACUUUCCUUCACAGUCUGAAGAGAGUACUUGACUUCACAAUGUCAGUUUAUCUGUGUUCUAUUGGGGGACUUUAA